CCGAAUUCUAGUAAAUAGCCUUUUCUUUGUUUUAUUAGGAUGGACAAGGUUACCUGGAGGACUUGGUUAAAGAUAUUGUACAUUGGCUUAACUCUUCAUCUGGAAUGAAACCUGAGCGUAGUCUUCAGAAUAAUGGGUUACUGAAUACCCUUAGCCAGCACUACUUCUUAUUUUUUGGUACUCUUUCUUGUCAUCCUCAUGGAGUGAAAAUGCUUGAAAAAUGCAAUGUAUUUCAGUGUCUUCUUAAUCUUUGUUCUCUGAAGAACCAGGAUCACUUGUUAAAACUGACUGUUUCUAGUUUGGAUUACAGCAGAGAUGGGCUAGCAAGAGUCAUCCUUUCUAAAAUCCUGACAGCAGCUACUGAUAGCUGCAGGUUGUAUGCCACGAAACACUUACGAGUGUUACUGAGAGCGAAUGUAGAGUUCUUCAGCAACUGGGGGAUUGAGUUACUGGUGACCCAGUUACAUGAUAAAAAUAAAACUAUUUCUUCUGAGGCACUUGAUAUUCUAGAUGAGGCAUGUGAAGACAAGGCCAACCUUCAUGCCCUUAUCCAAAUGAAACCAGCUCUUUCUCAUCUUGGAGACAAGGGUUUGCUUCUACUUCUAAGAUUUCUGUCCAUCCCAAAGGGGUUUUCAUACCUAAAUGAAAGAGGUUAUGUAACAAAACAAAUGGAAAAGUGGCAAAAGGAAUAUAACUUAAAGUAUGUUGAAUUGAUCGAAGAACAGCUAAAUGAAGCACUUACAACAUACCGCAAACCUGUUGAUGGUGAUAACUAUGUUCGUAGGAGCAACCAAAGAUUACAGCGACCGCACGUCUACCUGCCAGUUCACCUUUAUGGCCAACUGGUGCACCAUAAAACAGGCUGCCAUUUAUUGGAGUCUCAGAGUAUUGUUACAGAUCUGAGUUACACUGUUCGUUCCCCAAUGCUGGAUAAGUGGGAAGGAAUUAAGCAGCUGAAAGCAGCCCUUUGGGCUUUGGGCAAUAUUGGAUCAUCAAAUUGGGGUCUUAACUUGCUUCAAGAGGAGAAUGUAAUUCCUGAUAUAAUGGCGCUUGCCCAACAUUGUGAAGUUCUCUCUGUUAGAGGAACCUGUGUCUACGUGCUUGGUCUAAUAGCAAAAACUAAACAAGGAUGUGACAUUUUGAAGCAUCACAACUGGGAUGCAGUGAGACACAGUCGUAGACAGCCUUGGCCAGUGGUCCCUGAUGAUAUGGAGCAGCUCUGCAAUGAACUUUCUUCUAUACCCAGCACUCUUAGCUUGAACUCUGAGUCCACCAGUUCUAGGCACAACAGUGAAAGCGAAUCUGCCCCUUCGAGUAUGUUCAUCAUGGAGGAUGACCGUUUUGGUAGUACUUCCACUAGCACAUUCUUCCUAGAUAUUACUGAAGAUGCAGAACAAAUAUUUUAUGACAGACCUGGACCUUCAAAGGACAAAGACCGUAGUCCCUUUCCUUUUUUUUCUUCUAGUAGGCUUGUGAAAAACCGCAUUCUAAACUCUCUUACUCUCCCUAAUAAAAAACACAGAAGUAGCAGUGAUCCAAAAGCAGGAAAGCUGGCAUCAUCUGACAGUAAAUCAGUCCUGAGGCGAAAUCGUACAGUAACAGAACCUUCUGGUAGCAUAGAGUUUCCUGCUGGGGAAGAAUUAAACCCUGUUUUCAGAGUUCCUAAAAUACAGACUUUACGAUUAGAAACUUCUUUUGUUGGAAGUAAGCAUAUGGAAGAUACUGAUAGUACCCCAAGUAUUGGAGAAAAUGAUCUGAAGCUGCCAAAAGGUCUUGGAAAUGAAAUUCACCGUGAAAACACAAGCAGAGAAAAGCUAAUAGGAGACGGUACUACACAAACACAUUUCAAGAGUCGUAGCUUAAGUUUUAAUACAGAUACCACAACAAGUGGCAUAAGUUCAAUGAGCUCUAGCCCUUCAAGAGAGACUGUAGGUGUGGACACUACAAAUGUAGAUACUGACUGUGGAAGUUUGAGUACUGUGGUAAGCACAAAAACAGUUAAACCAAGUCUCUGUUCAACACCACAGUCUAACCACCUGCCUCUCUCAAAGUCCAACUCUGUAUCUCUGGUGCCACCAGGCUCUUCUCAUACACUUCCUCGAAGAGCCCAGUCUCUUAAAGCUCCAUCUCUUGCUACAAUAAAAAGUCUUGCUGACUAUAAUUUUAGCUACACAAGUUCUCGAGAUGCCUUUGGCUAUGCUACACUAAAACGCUUACAACAGCAGCGGAUGCAUCCUUCACUGUCUCACUCAGAAGCCCUGGCAUCUCCAGCAAAGGACGUGCUGUUCACUGACACUAUUACCAUGAAGUCUGGCAGCCUAGAUUCUCGGCUAACCCCAAGUCGGUUCAUGAAAGCUUUAAGUUAUGCUUCAUUAGAUAAAGAAGAUCUGUUAAGUCCUAUUAACCAAAACACACUUCAGCGUUCCUCUUCCGUUCGCUCGAUGGUUUCUAAUGCUACGUAUGGUAGCUCUGAUGAUUACAUUGGCCUUGCUCUCCCAGUGGAUAUCAAUGAAAUAUUUCAGGUAAAGGAAACUCCGUAUUUCCAGAAGAAAACCACACCUCCAUUUGAUGAUCAUGGGACUAAGGUCUUUGCACCUGAUGCAGGAGGUCUUCCAUCAGGUACAAGUGAUGUUGUCAAAAGCCCUUUUCAGAUGCUCCGACAGCAGAUCAGUCUCACAGAAAUAAUGAAUACCAGCCGUUCAGAUGCCUCCCAGUUUUUAGAAGGUACAGAGGAUACAGGGCUGCAGGAGCACACAGAUGAGAACUGCCUUUACUGUGUCUGUGUUCAAAUACUGGGUUAUCAGCCUAGCAGUAAAGUGAACUCUUCAUAUGGUCGUACAGAUUUUUCAGACAUUCCAUAUACUGACUGGUGUGGGCAGACCAUACACAAUCACUUAGAUGUGCAUUCCUCCAAAUUUUCUGGAAUUUCAGGCUGUAGUGAUGCAGUAUCCCAUGGUUCAGCUAGCAGCACCAAGAGUACAGAACUUAUGCUAGGAGUAAAAUCAAUCCCGGAUGAUACACCAGUGUGCAGAAUACUUCUGCGGAAGGAAGUCUUACGUUUAGUCAUCAAUUUGAGUAGUUCAGUAGGAACUAAGGGCCAUGAAACUGGACUGCUGACAAUUAAGGAGAAGUAUCCCCAAGCAUUUGAUGACAUAUGCCUUUACUCUGAGGUAUCCUACUUGUUAGCACAUUGUACAUUUCGGCUUCCAUCUAGAAGGUUCAUUCAGGAGCUGUUUCAAGAUGUACAGUUCUUACAAAUGCAUGAAGAAGCAGAGGCUAUUUUAGCAACACCAACAAAGCCUCCAGUGAUCGAUACAUCAGCUGAAUCCUGACCUCUGUCUCAUGCAGUGCAUUGCAUAUAGACUUUCUGAAAUCCUCAGACAGCCUCUGACUGACUGGAUAAAAGGCUUCAAGUAUCAUCUGCUACACCAUUCCAGAAGCUGCUGGUACCUGAAGAAUGAACUGAAAACUUUCUUCCUCAACCAAUUACUGUCCAAGUCUUUUGAGCCCUUUGGGGAUUUAUUAAACAUUACCAUAGUUUUAAUAAUAGUAAUUAUCAGUAUAUGCAAGAGCCAAGCACUGAACACCUCCACAAUUUUUCAUUUCAUUGGAAAAAACAAACAAACAAAUAGGACAACAUGCAGAGACAUCUUUUUUUGACUGACUUUCAAUUCUGUUCCAGAGAAGUAGAAUGAUGCCUUGCUUUUUAAAUGCUGGAUACCAGGAAUCAGAGAGAGAUAUGAGGGUGCGUUCCGUUGCCAGCAAUGGGGAUCUGUGCUGUAAUCUUGGAGACUAGGGGAUUAAUGUUAGUGUUAGCCUUUCUCUGUUUGUUUUUUGUACUGUUUAUAACACUACUUGGAGGUUUGUAACUUCAGACAAAAAGAAAAGCCUCAGUGACACUGAGGUUUCCUUUUAAGUUAUUUUAAUAUUGCUAUAGUUCUAAGUCAUUUUAUUAGCAGUCUCUCCAAUUUCAUGACAUUUACAUACAUGUAUCUUAUCUGAACCAGUUAAGGACUUUCACUACAGUUUAAUUUUUAAAAAUAACAAAUCAUUUAAACUUAAAAUGCUGAAAUCAGAUUGUUCUCCCUGAAUGAUAUGCAUGUGUUUGCAGUUUCUACAUUCAUGCUCAUAUAGUACGAAUGUUGGUCUUACUCUUAACCAAAAUCCUUUAAAAAGCAUGAUUUGUAUCAGAUAAAUGAAUAUUGUAUAAAGUAAACUUGAAGACAUUUAAUCAUUGCUGCUUUUUGUGAGAAGACAUAAUAUGAGUGUUUUCAAAGUUCCAUGGAAACAGCCUUUUAUAAAAACAAAGAUUUAUUUGGAUUUUCAAUGGAUGAGUGAUCGGGCAUCAGACAGUACUAAUAAUUGUAGUGAAAAGCCUUACGUACCAAAUUUUGGAGCAGCAGUAAUUUUAUACUGGUAUUUAGGACUUGUUGCAAAAGUUAAAUGAGACAGUGACUGUUGAUGACUGAAAUAGUUGCCUCAAUCUUGUUGCUGGUGAGGUUUCUAAAUUAAUGAGUGCAAGUUGUAAAAAAAGAA